AUUUCCUCUUUUCUAGCUAAUUUAGUCUUCUUAGGGCUCCAUCCAGAUAGGUGUGGUUAUUCAUCCACUCUAAUGCAGCAGAAUGUGGCAGCUGCUGCCACCAACAGCUCUACUACUUGUAGUUUCAGCGGGCCUCCAAGCUGAUCCCCUAAAGGCUGUGGUAUCCCUAGACCCACCAUGGUACAGCGUACUCAGUGAAGACAGAGUGACUCUGAAGUGCCAGGGGUCCUACAAAUUUGGGGACAAUUCUACACAGUGGUGGCACAAUGGGAACCUCAUCUCAAACCAGACCUCCAGCUACUUAAUUUCAGCUGCUAGAAUUGAGGACAGUGGAGAGUACAGGUGUCAGACAGACCUCACCGCACGUAGUGACCCGGUGCAGCUGGAAGUCCACACUGGAUGGCUGCUGCUUCAGGCUGUUAAGUCUGUGUUCCAGGAGGGGGAUACCAUUAGCCUAAGGUGCAACAGCUGGAGAAACAAAACUGUGUACAAAGUCACAUAUCACCAGAAUGGCAGAAGCCAGAAGUAUUUUCAUCAGAAUUCCAUCUUCCAGAUUCUCAACGCAACACACAAUCACAGUGGCUCUUACUUCUGCAGGGGGCUUAUUGGGACUUUAAAUACGUCUUCAGAGACUAUAAACAUUACUGUUCAAGGCCUGGAAAUUCCAUCCAUCAUACAAUUUCCACCUUGGUACGAAAUCACUUUCAACCUGAUGAUGAGUCUGCUCUUUGCAGUGGACACGGGCCUGUAUUUUUCUACGCAAAGAGACCUUCAAAGCACAAUGUGGAGACAGGGGAAUCGCAAAGCCCGAUGGAACCAGCGCCUUCAGAACAAAUGA